GAGAGAGAGGUGGCAACAGAUGGAGCGCUGCACAGCCUGAAACACUGAGACCAGGGACAGGCAGAAUGUACGUCUGCCUGCGUCUGCGUGCGGUCAAACUGUCACCCAAGAGGGACUGAGUGUGGGAUAAUAACUGUGAAGCGUCUUUCAUGUCCUCUGGAUUGGAUGUUGAGAGCAGUAAUCCUCUUGGGACGGGGAAAAGAGAGAAAAAAAGAGGCUGGGUACGGGGCAGAGCGCACGAGGAAGAAGAGGGAACUCUUCGGUGUGAUUUAAGGGCAGGUGCAAGCAGAUCUCUCAUGUACACAUGAACCUUUGGUCCUGUCGUAUGUGAGCGACAGAAGAAAGACAUUUUUGUUUAUUUAGUUCACCUUCUUCCUGUUUGUCUUUUUUUCUUCUUCUUGUUUGAGAGGAACACAGUGUCCCGUUUGUUUUUUGUUUUUGUUUUUCCAAAGAAGGAGUGUAAGGGUUGACAGCUGUUGAGGCGCAGACAGAGGGACUGUCUAUGGUGAAGAUGAGUCUGGACGCCAUACAGGUGAUGAGCGGACAGGUGAAGGAGCUCAAAGUUUCCCCUUCGUCCAACGGAGACACCAGAGGCUCCUGGGAGGGGAAAGAGGAGUUCGACCCCAACCAGCUGGAGCUGACCGCCAAGCCGAAGCCGCCAAAGCCAGAGAACGCCGUGACGGUGGCCGUCUCUUCCCGGGUCUUGUUUCGGACCGAGCGGGAGCAGAAGGUGUUCGAGCAGAAAGGAGUGGAGGAAUACCUGAGAUACCAAAUCGAGCACGAGAAUGAGCCCUUCGCGCCGGGACCCGCUUUUCCUUUCGUCAAGGCUCUGGACGCGGUCAACACUCGCCUGAGGGAGCUGUACCCCCAGAGUGAAGAACUGUUCGACAUCGUCUUGGUGACGUACAACCACGCUCAUGUCGGGAUCCGGCUCAUCAACACCAUCAAUCACCACAACUUAUUUAUUGAGAGGUUCUGUAUGACCGGAGGAAGCAGUCCGAUUGGCUACCUGAAGGCCUGGCACACCAACCUCUACCUGUCUGCAGAUGCUGAGAAAGUCAGGGAGGCGCUGGCUGAAGGCAUCGCAGCAGCAACCAUGUUCAUGCCAGAGAAGCUGACCGAGGUGUCAGAGUCUCAGCUGAGAGUGGCGUUCGAUGGCGACGCCGUCCUGUUCUCUGACGAGUCUGAGCGCAUCUUCAAGACCCACGGCCUGGACAAGUUCUUCGAGCACGAGAAGGAAAACGAGGACAGACUCCUGGAUCACGGUCCCCUGAAGGGUUUCCUGGAGGCUCUGGGGAAGCUGCAGAAGAAAUUCUACGCCAAAGGCCAACGCCUGGACUGUCCCAUCCGCACAUACCUGGUCACGGCUCGGAGCGCGGCCAGCUCAGGGAUCCGGGCGCUGAAGACGCUCAGGGCCUGGGGGCUGGAGAUCGACGAGGCGCUGUUCCUCGCCGGCGCCCCCAAGGGCCCGAUGCUGGAGAAGAUCCGGCCACACAUCUACUUCGACGACCAGAUGUUUCACGUGGAGGGCGCGGCGGAGAUGGGCACCGUCGCCGCGCACGUUCCUUAUGGGAUUGCACAGAAAUAUAACAGCCAGCAGAAGAUGAGCUCAGGAAAGUAAAAAAAAAAAACAAAAAAAAAACUCGACAGCAACAAAGGUGGGGGGGGGGGGAUCCUGGAGUGGAAGAGAAGCUUAACUUAUACUGUUAAAUGUUCGCAAAAUGCACUAAGGUCAAGGAGAGGUCUGGAACCCGAGAUGACCUGGAAGAAAACAUGACUGUCCCCUGUAAAACCCAACGCCUUAGUGAGUCGUCUGCUGGGGAGAUUUAGGAAAUAUUGCCCUGCAUAAGACAGCAAGUGUUUCAUUGCCACUAUAAAUGCACUAUUAUUCACUCUCCUCCUUGACUUCCUAAGAAAACAAAACCCCGUCUCUACAAAGAUGCAAAGCAUCACUGUAAGUAAACCCUUACACCGAAUGUUAUUGAGCUACAAGUACAAAGCAGAGACUGUUAGAUUACAUACAGGGUAAAUAUAUAACAGAGAUAUACUGUAGCAAAUUAGUAGUAAUAUAGAAUGCUGGAAAUCAUUUAGUAAUUUUGAUUUCAGAGAAAUGUAAAAUGUAUAUAUAUAUUUGUAAACUACUGUACAAUGACAUGUUGGGACAACUGUAGAUAGAAAAAAACCCCCAAAAAACAAGUAGUACAUUUUCACCAAAAAACAGAAUGUGAUUCUUGAGAUCAAUCUCAAAAUCCGAUCUCCUUGAAAGUCAAAAAAAUCGCCAGAAAAAGCUGAGAAAUGUUGAGGUUAAGCGCAGACAUUUUCUGGGAAAAGCAAAAAAAUUUGCUCGCAACAUUUUCUCAGAAAUCUUUGAGAAAAAAAAGACAUAAAAAUUUCUGUGUUUUAAACAUCUAAAAAUUUCAAGUUUUGGAACUCAAAAGUCUUCCAAGAUUUUUCUAGAAAAUGUGUGAGAUCAAUCUCAAAAGUUUUCUCUAGGAAGUCGGUGAAAUUUCCGAGUUUUUUCCCCUUCAAAUUUCAGAGAUUUUCUAGAAAAUUUUUACUUUUCAAACUCAAAAUUUCGAGUUUUACUAAAAAUGUGAGAUUUUUUGGGGAAAAUUUACUCCAUUUUUUUUUCUGUCUACAAUGGCUCAAACAUGCCGUCGCAGUAAACUGCAGCAAUGCAACUUCUCUUGUGUGAGUCCAAAACAACUAUAGAAAGCCAUAAGUCUCAGAUGGUGCCUUAAGAAUGGCAGUUAUUAUUAACCAACCCUGUUUCAUAUGUAAUGUAUAAUGUAUUAAGUAUUAUUUAAUGUUACAGUACUCCUAAUCCUUGAACCCUUUCACAUUUUGUCACAUUACAACCACUAAUUUCAAGGAACACAUAAAUCAGAGAACCAGCCAAGAGGCCCAUGACAAAAAUGGAGAAGCUGCAGAGAUUCGCUGCUCAGUUUGGAGAAUUCGUCAUUCGCUCCAGGCAUCUGGCAUUUACAGAAAACUGAAAAGAAGGCAGCCUUUGAUGAAAGAAAGCUACAAUUAAAGUUGUUUAAAAUUUCCAACAAACCAUGUUGGCAGACAGAAAUUUUGAGAAGUGCGUUCCGGUCAGAUGAACCAAAUGUGAUAUUCAGACGGUAUGUGUGAGACUUGGUGGUGGCAGCAUCAUGCUGUGGAGAUAACCGCUUUUUUAGCAUGAAUGAGGAAGCGGGUCAGUGUUGAAGAGAAGAUGGACGGUGGUGAGACUAAAUAUGAUUGAGAAUCUUUGGCAAAGACUUAAAAACUGUUGUUAGUAAUCCCUCCAUCCAACCUCAUUGUUAUUUUUCAAAGACAGGUGAGCAAAAACUUCAGUCUACAGCUGUGUGAAGCUGGUAAAGACAUACCGCCAAUGAAAGGAGCUUCUACAGGUAAUGACACAAGUGGGCUGGAUAUACUGUAUAUCUCUUACUCAAUUUUAAGGUUUUUAUUUGUUGAAACCUCAUAUUUGUUUUCCCCCUUUGUUGUUUGUGGUUGUGAUGUCACAAAAUUUGAAGAUGAUGGAAGGCUGUGAAUCCUGAUGGAAAGCACUGUGAUAUGAUGGAAUGUAUUGCUCUGAAAAUGUACAUUAUUGGCCCUUUUCCACUAAUAUCCACUCAGCACGGUUCGACUCGGUUCAGUGACAUUUUCCACGACUAAGGUUUAUGUGGGAUUGGAAGAGCAUGGAGUCGCAACGUUAGAACAAUGUCGCUUACUCACUGGCUAGGGGAUAGAGUCACUGGUUGUGACUCCCAUACAAUAUUCCUGCCAAUAUAGCUAUUUUGUGAAAACUCUAAACAUCAACCAAGUGUAUUAGGAGUUUUAAGGACAAUGGCAGACUUAGCAGAAAUGUUCAACAGUUUCUAUUGUUGUGUUUUUCUUCUGCACAGAUCAGGAGUUUUCAGUCUGUGGGACUGAAUAACUAUAUGACGACCACCCACUAUAUGUGAACUAUGUAGAGUUUAGCCAAGCUGAGCUGCGUUGCUAGGUGCUAGUGGAAAAAGGCCGUACAAUGCUCCCGAUUUUUUAAGCUAGCCUGCUUAUAUGAAAGGUAAUUUGUUGGUAUAGCUUUAGCCUUAGUUACAGACCGCUAACAUCCUUAAGAUUGUCAAGAUUUCCCAAAAAGUUUUUUUUUUCUGAGUGCCUUUAGUUUCAAACAAUGCACAAACUUUUCCCACCCAGACUUUAAGUCCUGUCGUAUCAUUUCUAAGCAAACGUAAACACGAUCCAAUCAUUAGCAUGGUAAUGCUUAGCAAGCUAGCAUCUUCUUUUCAUGUCUAAAGUCAAGCUAGGGCUAAGAUACAACUGAAGAUAAAUAGAACUGUUAUCAUGAUUCGGCUGAAUUACUUGAGCGAAGCUGUUUGUCAUUGUGUAAUCAGCUCUGAUACUCACGCUACACAGACAGGUAGCAUGAGUCUACCUGUCUCACGCUACCUGUCUGUAGCGUGAGACAGAUAGAGUUAGCCUUAGAGUUAGCCUUAACUCUAAGGCUAACUCUUAGGCUAACCAUAAGUUAGCCUAAGGCUAACUUAACUCUAAGGCUAAGUUAGCCUUAGAGUUUUGUUUAAUGUUACUUGUUUUCAUUUGCUAUUGGAAGUCAGAGUUUGAGUUUCAUAAUUAAGAAAAUCAACUUGAUUCACCCCUAACAUUGAAAUUGGGACAUUGAAAGGUUUUCACAUUAAAAAUCAGUCUGUAAUUAAAGUUUUAACUACAUAUUUGUAGCUUUCUUAGUUAUUGUCCAAGUAAGAACAAAACAACUAGCAUUUCCUGCUGGUUUUCCACUGUCCAACCGGAACACAGUUAUCCUGAGCGUAACAGCAUUCUGAGAUCUGACCUCUGACUUCCAUGGUAAAUGGAAACCGUCACACUCGUUUUGUCCCCUCAACGUAGCUCGGUAUAAAAGUGAUAAAACUUCCUGCAGCAUUAAAUGGGCAAGCGCAACAAAGCACUUAAAUGUUGUUUGCUUUAUCCAAAUGUGCGAAAGAUCUUACUUGUAUUUUGUUGCAUUUCAAUAAAUUUUGAAAAUAGAUUUCA